GACGUGUGAAUGCGUAGCAAGUCGCAAAAACGAUGAGAUGGUCGCGAUGGUUGCGGAGAAAAUCUGUGGAACAUCGUCGACUUACCGCCAAGACACUGUCAGGCACCCAGGCAGGAAUCCUAUCAAGACUUCAAGAGAGGCAUAUUCUAACCAGCGAGCCACAGAUUUCUGAUGAUGUAUACGAUCCUUGGAUGUAAUAUGCUAUGUAUGCUUAGGCUUUGGUUAUUGUGUCGGCAUUAUCGAGUUUCUGUCAUGUUGAUCCUGGCAACUGCAGAAUACAGCGGGCUAGGCUGUGGGAAGAUAUAUAUCUUCGAGUAGCGAUCACGGCUCUGUAGAAGAUCACUAGUCGCCAUCUCACAGAGCAUUUUAUUUAGACUUCUAGUCAUAUAUAACCAAUAGUAUAUGCUUAAUAUGUA